UCUUUUUUCCCUUUUUGUUUUUACCUUGAGCGUGUUUGGCACUUUUUCCGAAUCAUGCCUGAACCCGCCAAGUCGGCUCCGGCCCCGAAAAAGGGCUCCAAGAAGGCGGUGACCAAGGCGCAGAAGAAGGACGGCAAGAAGCGCAAGCGCAGCCGCAAGGAGAGCUACUCGGUGUACGUGUACAAGGUGCUGAAGCAGGUGCACCCCGACACGGGCAUCUCGUCCAAGGCCAUGGGCAUCAUGAACUCGUUCGUCAACGACAUCUUCGAGCGCAUCGCGGGCGAGGCGUCCCGCCUGGCGCACUACAACAAGCGCUCGACCAUCACGUCCAGGGAGAUCCAGACGGCCGUGCGCCUGCUGCUGCCCGGGGAGCUGGCCAAGCACGCCGUGUCCGAGGGCACCAAGGCCGUCACCAAGUACACCAGCGCCAAGUAACCUCGCUAACUGAUCUCUUAGCUCUGGCAGCUGACCCCAGGAGCAGUAUCCCGUGAUGGAAAGUGAACCUACCCUUCAAGCAUUAACAACCGACCAGAGCACGCAGACCAGUUUGAACUAAUCAGGACUCCGACCUGUGCGGGUGGAUCACUGAGUGACCCACGGAGUGACUUACAGUGACCUGUACUUCAUUAUCAUACUAAAAUCUGCCCAAGGAGCACAAGGCUCAUUUCCAUAACACACAAUGUGAGUCUAGGCAUGUUUUUUAAGGCGCAUGUGAGGAUAUGCCUGCCUAUACAUACAAGGACAAGGCUCAUCUUCCUACAUAUUCACCCUAACCCUAUAUAAAAGGAACCCAUUCACCCUUGCCUGGGGAGUCAUGGUUUUGGAAGUUACUCCGUGUGGUUUCCUUAUUUGCUGCAGAUAAAGUUUCCUUUGUGGGAAAACUCACCUGGUGCAGUUUCUUUUUUAAAGAUUUUAUGUAUUUGAGAGAGAAGAGAGCCAGGGAGUUGCUGAGGGAGAGGGACAAGCAGACACCAUGCUGAGUGCAAAUCCCAGGGCUGGGUGCUAUCCCACAACAGGGGAUCAUGACUUGAGCCAAAAUCAAGAGUCCGGCACUUAACUGACUGAGCCACCUGGUGCAGUUUCUAUCUGUGAUUCCCAGGGGAAUGAACUGGCACAUGAGUUGCCUUACAAUUUUACAGGUUUUCAGUGUUUAUUUUGUGUAUUAUUUCUAAAAAACAGUCACUGCCGUCAGUGUCUUCCAGUUUGCUUUAUUCCACAUGAGAGAAACCAGGCCUCCUAGUCCCCUUUGAUUCGGGCUGCAGCUGCAAAUAAAUUGAUUAGGGACCAUAAGAGGGAAGGAGCAGAAUACAGCCAAGGCAAGGGCCGGUCAUCAGGCUCAAGGAAGGACUGGUAACCAUCCUUCCCUCCUCUUGCCUCUGUCCCCUCUCCCCCUAAUCUCCCUACAACGCCCACAUGGUUUUCUUAUUGUUUCUCUGCACUAUUAUAAAAAGUCCUCAUCAAGCCUAUGGAACGUGAAAUGAGUAGAUCAUUCGAAUUGUCUGUAAGGGAUAUAUGAAUAUCUACAAAUAUAAGAAAAAGCGCUCAAUUACAUUAAUCCAGAACAUUAGGGGGGGAAAGGCCUUAAAAGUAUGGUAAAGAGACAGCUUUCCUUUGUUUAAAACUUUUGUUUAGAAAUAUUGUGUUAUCAUUUAGAAAUAUAAUGCAGAUUUCAGAUUUUUUUAUUAAUACAGACCUAAUACUGUACUAAUAAAUACAAAUAUUAGCAUCAGGUAUUAAAAGAUAGCUUAAUAGGCCACCCCAGAAUAUUCCACUCUGACGUAAGGUUGAUUUUGAGCUGAAGGCAUUUGAGAUGAAGCAGAGAGAAGAAACGCUCUUUGGCUUUCCACUUAUUCGCCUAAAAGCAGGAAGUAGAUUUACAAAGCUGUCCCUCCUUCCCUCUUUACCAGGAGGGACGUCUGGGUAGGCAGUUAGUUUAGGCUCUACCGGGAUGCCCCGAGGCCAUCAAGGUGGAGGCCACCGCCCGCUGCGCGGAAGAUCAGAGGCAGGUCAGUGUAGCUUCAAGCCGGAUUGCACCAGACAGGCCCAAGAUGGCGGCGCCACGACCGGAAACCCCUGAGCUGGUGAAGAGACCCUGCUUCCGGCCCAAGUAAUAACUAUUCUGCCCGCUGGUUAACAACUGUCAGUGAAAGAAACCCUAACUCCAGGACGCAUGGUUCUCCCUCUUGAGCUCACCAUGCUCUCUCACAUCCUGAGUGUUCUUUGGUUUCAAUAAACUUUCCUGCUUGUACCCCUCAUACACUGUGUUGCAUCUGCCCUUGAAUUCUUUCUCGUGAGGAGACCAAGAGCCUUCAGCGACAUCUUUGAUAUGGGUUGGAUCCAGACCUCAGGGCCCAGGUCUCCCAGUCCACCCAGCAACACCAGUAGGCAGCUUUAGACCUUUAUCAGUGGAGAGGGCCCCAACUUAAAUCUGCCUAACAAACUUGAUUCUUUUUUUCCUGGUAAACUUCCCAUAACGAACUUCCCCUCACCUUUUGUGGUAGGCUUAUAAGGGCUGAGGGCAGGAUGCCCCAAAGAUGGGCUUUUUUGCUGAAAUUAUUCUGAGCUGAAGACAAUAAAGACCCUGUGGGCUCCAGAGAAACUUUUGUCCCUCCCAUAGGUACAUAGAAAAAUCUAAAUUGGGGUCGUUCCCAGAAGAGGAUUAUUAACAGAGGUAAACGUUUUCCAAGGGACUCAUCUCUUGUGGAGGCCAAAAAAACCAAGGCUGUUUUUUGUCAAGUCUAGCCUUGACAUGAAGUACAGCCAUCUUGGCCCCGGCAGCCAUCUUAGGCCUUCGUGACCGGUAAAUGACUCCUGGCUCCAGGAAGACUGACCAGGUUUUGAAAACAAAACACCAUACCAAAAACUAAUUAGGAAUAGGAUAGCUUAAGGAGGUAACAAGUCAUGUCAGGAGUAAGAUAGCUUGACGUUGUAAUAAAUCAUGUCAGAAAUAGGACAGCUUAACACUCUAAAAAAUCACAAGAACAUAGGGAUGCCAUCGUAGCCCAAUCACCUACUGCCAAUCCACCCCUACUCUGUCUUUAAAAACUCUGACUGUAAUCUGGUUCAGUGUCCAAGCCCCUACUCCGCUGCGCAGGGUAUACUUGGUCCCAAGCUUAAGCAUGUCAUCUCAGGAUCCAAGUCCCUACUCCGCUGUGUCAGGUAUACUUGGGCCCAAGCUUAAUCUUGUCAAAUAAACCCUCGUGUGUGAUUACAUCGGUGUUGGCUCCUUGGUGGUCUCUCAGAUGCAAAAACUCGGACAUAACAUCUCUAUGGCAGGGCAAACAUUUAAUUACGGAACACCCGCCCUUCUUACUGCCUCAUGAAGGUCAUCCCUUCCCUCCGAAAUCCCAGACGCCGUAGUUCAGAAUGAGAUAUAUGCCUUCUUUUGCCUGUCUUUGGAAUUUCCAGGUCUGUGUGUAUUCCCUGUACAAAUGCUAUUAAAUUAGACUUUUAUCCUGUUAAUCUUUCUCAAGUCAGUUGGAUUCCUAGUCCAGCCGGAAGGACCCUUGAAGGGGACAGGAAUUCUUGCUCCCUGACAAGCGGAAGAACGUAUUUAAAUGAUAUUUUUAAGGCACUUUGGGAGUUCCUGGUUGUCUGCAGUGUGGCUCCAAUAUGUACACAAGGUACACAUGUUGGAAAGGAGACCGCAAGCCCCGCAUGGAGUCACUUGAAUAAACCCCACAUCAGCAAACCAAGAUUUAAUACCUAAUCUAGUCACAAUCUCACUCCCCUGGAGUCCCACUGCCACCCCCAGGAAUGUAACCUUUAGCCUAGUGCAAUUAACCUAGUCUGCUAGUGAGAUAAUCCACUCAAUAGGCCCGCCCCUUUAGAAAGAUGACCUUGCCUGAAACAAUGCAUUCUUGGCUGCUAAUAGUUUCUUUUUUCUGCCACCUUUCACCUUUAAAAGCCUUUUCUUUUCUAUAGCUCCCCAGAACGCCUUUGUAUUGCCCGGUGGGAUGUUACCUGCUCUGUGAAUCAUUGAAUAAAGCCAAUUUGACCUUUAAAUUUA